GCAAACCGAUACAUGUACUUUUUAGUAAUUUCAGAUUUUCAGAAAGAGAUUCAUUCUCGACUCUCUGUAUCCACCCCAGGUCACAGUAUGCUGAAGCCUCAUCACACGGAGUCGCAUGAGCUGAAGCAUCUAUCCUCCGUGUGAUGUCACUGGAGUCUCGAUCCAAAUACCCCUCGGCUUCUUUUUCUAUGACUGACAGUCUCUGUCCGCACUUGUCACCCUCUUGCCCGGAUCUCCUUGGCCUCUCUCUACCUGCCACGCGAAUGGUGGAUCGUCGCGGGACUCGCUUUGACGCUUACUUAGUGUCUGUUUCCAGCGGUCUCAGGUGUCACCACAAUCUGUGUGUUUCCUCACCAGAAUGGCGUUCAGUAGCGAUGUCGGCAAUAAACCGCUGAAGACCCGUUCGCGAGAAGGCCUGCAACUUAGACCCUUGAAUGUCGAGAAAGGGACCAAUAGAUAUUCUUCCGCAGACGAGAACUUCCCUCCUCAAACUGCGACAUGGAGAAAUAACCUGAUCGCACUAUCUCAGCGCCGAAAUUUGCUCUUUGUCGCCUACAACCAUCAAAUCUAUGUCUGGCAACCGGCGGGGUCUUACCAGACGUUAGGCAGCAAGCCCGAGAUGAUCAUCACUCCGGUUAUGCGAGAUCCCAAUGCUGAGGGCUACAUCUCACCGUCGACGCCUCAUGCAAUCAAUAACAUUCUAGUCGAUGACCUGGGCCGUGAAGAGGUGUUGCUCCUCGUCACUGACUCCGGAAAUGUCUGUGGUUACCGGGUCGAGGCUGUAUAUUCUGCGCUGAAGCGAGCAGCGGAGAGUACGGAAAGUCGACCCCUCGAUGGCGCUCAGGUAGAACCCUUUUUCGCCGAAUACGUCGAAGCCAGUGCCUGGGGCUUGGCAAUCCAUAAAUUCGCCCGUCUCAUCGCAGUCACGGCGAAUACGGGUCUGGUCACUGUCUUCGCAUUUGCUCUGGUUGAUUCUACCUCAGACAAAAGCAGCGAGUCUGAUUGCGACCUGGAGGAAGAGGAUGACCUUUCGGACUACGGUCAAACUUGGUUGCAUAUCAAAAGCGGAGAGCAAUUGGCCCAGCUACGGCAUUUAAUGCCAUACAAACAUCGUACUCGGAACAUCAAGUUGACAUACACGGGCCAUUUCGCCAAUAUACCUUCAGUUGCUUUCCUGAAUUGUGACCUCGAUCCCAAUGGGAUGUGGAUGGUCAGUACGGAUAUCGACAACAAGCUUCUUGUAUGGAAAAUUUGGGAAAGUCUCGGCCCUUUCAAUGUGUACCACUUCAAUGACGUCUCGUUCAAGUCCUUUCCUGAAUCUCUGCGCCCAGAAGAGCGUGGCUGGGCGGUACUAGCUUUGGACCCUCGGAGCUUUCAUCUGCUCAAGUCUCCAGAAGAAGCGUGCGGCGGUCCCCCUCAACGGCGCGUCAAGAACGGUCAACCGGUCUACGAUUUGACCCGACUCAAUAGUAAAAUCCCGAAGGCUUCUCAAAUAUACAAUUAUUUCCCGCCUGCGCCCAAGGUUGAACCGGAAUCACCCCUUCUUCCUGAUAUCUUUGGGCCAGAUUGUCGCAUUAGCAAACCAGGCGAUGUCUUUAACAACUGCAUAAAUGUUGGCUCACGAGGGACUCCCAGGAGGAAUCAGAGCCGUGAGUCGAAUGCAGAGCUCGGACGUUUUGAUGUUACGUCUACAGCCAUCCGCCCCUUAGACUCGGCUGAUGCGUCCAGCCACCAAGCCGUGGACGGCUCUGUCUUCGAGGACAAUGCCAGCCAAAACAGCAUGUCUGACACCGAGAUGAGUGCUGGGCCUCUCGACAACCAAGGUCAAGAGAUUGAUGGCGCGCCUCUUCCAUCCGGUCAGGCCCCCUUAACAACGCCGGAAUUCCUCCAAUUCGCGCUUCUCGAAGCCCUCGGCGGCGACGCUCCUGGCGCCGAAUAUAGCGACGAUGAUAUGGAUGACUAUUCCGAAUCCGAAGAUGACUGGCAAGGCGAGCGAUACUACACUGCUUUGGAUGAUACCGAAGCAGACGAAGCGUCUCUAAUGGGAGGUAGAUACCAAGUUUCUGACCCCCCGAUGACCUCUAACUUUCCAAUCCUCCAUUUCUCGCAGACCGACAUUCGUCUUAUACCCCACCCAUUUGCCACCCACGCCAAGGUUGUUUGCGGCGAACCUCUGCGACAACCCUUCACGCAUCCCAUCGUCUCCAUCCGCUCCUGUGAUCGCUUUAACAUGAUCAAAUACAUUCAAGAGCACGGAAUUGUUGUCGCAGCAUCACAAAAAGGCCGUGCGGCUAUAAUCGCUCUCACCGAGUCCGAAAUAACAGGACAAUCCUUCCGCGUCGAUUGGAUCGUUCCCUUCGAGCAUCAAGAAAAAUAUGGCGAUCGUCCCCUCAUUCCCCUGUUAGGCAUGGCCGUCGGUCCGGUGCAGGGAUUUGAGACACCUCCCGACGUGCCCUAUAUCCCGCGUGACGUGAGGAACAACGACCUCACGUUUCGGUAUAAGUACUCGAACCUCAACAUGAGUCCUAAUGAGCAGCCGGAUCCCACUUCGGUGGUUGAGAGACGAGGAAGCGCUGCGCAGUCAGCCACAUGCAACUCCACUUUCACCGCCCGGCCUUCACGCCAUACCCAAUCAACAAGGAAUCGUCCCGCCACGGACCAGCAUGAUGCACGCCAUUCUACAUUGCGCGCCCGCGAUGUCCAUUCUGCGUAUGAAGAUUGUACUCCAAGCUCUACGUCAACUAUACCCCGAGUCUCCAUCCAAACCACCUCCAUUGCAAAUCGAGAAUCAUCUAAAGCGUCAUUUACCACACCGUUUACUCUCCCAGAAUGUCACGCCCUUGCCACUCGCGCCUAUCAUCCCGAGGAAAGCUGGCGAGGAUGGAAUCCCUCUCGCCGAUAUCGGCUAAUGCUCAUGUACGCCGACCAUACGGUGAUGAGCUACGAGUUCUGGUACAGCUGGGAUACCGCAGGAGAGAACAGCGAAAUGGGCGAAGAUGACGAGGAUGAUGUUUUGUUUGUAUAGUUUCAGUCUUUUUGCGAUAUAUUUUCGUAACUUGCUUACAUACUGGAGACAUGAAGAUACGAGCCAAUGAUGUAUACCUGAGA